CUGUCAAAUAAAGUAUUCAAGUUUUUUUUUUCGUUGCCGAUUUCGUUUGCUGGUUUUUGUUUUUGAUACCUCAAAUCAUUACAUACCAUACAUACUCUGCAUAAACACUCAUAUAACAAAACAUCAAAAUUUCAAAUCAUGGCCAUGGUCAAAAUUUUUAAUUUUUUUCUCAUAUUUUCAAUCAUCAUCAUUUAUGAUUUAAAUUUUAUCUUUUCUUCGGAACAACAACAACAACAAAAAUGUCCGAAAGAAUGUUCAAACAAUGAACAAUAUUCACCAGUAUGUUCAUCAAACGGUACGGUUUUCGAUAAUGAAUGUUCCAUGCAUCUUUUAUCCAAUUGUAGUUUAAACAUUAGUGAUUGGGAAGAAUGUCGUGGAUUACAUCCAUUAUGUCCGGCUGAUUGUUUAGAUAUUCAAGAUCCUGUUUGUGCAGAUGAUAAUAAAAUCUAUCCGAAUAAAUGUGUGAUGCAUAAACGUAACUGUGGAAAAUUGAUCCGGGAGCGUCCAAUUUUAUUUUGUCUUGGAAACAAUGCUCGAAAAUCCAGACAGGAUCAUUGUCCGGACAAUUGUCUUGAAUUAUAUAAACCUGUUUGUGGAAGUGAUGGUCAAGUUUAUCUAAAUGAAUGUUAUCUAAAAAUGCAAAAUUGCGACAAUGGAAUUGAAAAAGUAGAUAUGAACGAAUGUGCAACCGCUUCCAAAUGUCCUGCCUAUUGUAUUCCAAUCUAUGAUCCAGUUUGUGGUUCGAAUAAAAAAAUCUAUCUAAAUCAAUGUAUGAUGUUGAAAGAAAAUUGUAAUGCUACAAUUAAAAAUAUGCCAUUACAAUUCUGUGUUGGUGAUGAUGUUGAUAAAUUAUAAACAAACAAACAAACAAACAACGAACGGUAAUCUUUUUUUAAAACAUUCGAAUUUUAAU